AUGUCAAAAAAGAAUAAUCAAAAGUACCAUAUUCCAAGUAUCAGCAAGAAAGCCAUUUCGCAAAAACAGAACUCUAUUGGUAACAAAGUUGCUGGGAACAGAGGGCUUUCCGGAUGUUGUUGUGGAUUCAGACUACCAAAAAGAUCAGAAAUUUCACCCUUGAACUUUCUCAAGCGUCUUGAGAGUAAGGUGGCAAAAGCUUUACAGUGGAAGAGACCAUCAUCUGCAGGAAGACCAAGGCCUCUUGUGGCUCCAAUUGAUACUCACAGAACUGAGGCCAUAACAGAAUGUAUUGAGUUCAUCAACUCUUCUUCUUUCCCUAGGUCAAAUUCUGCUACUGGAAAUCCUAGUUAA